CAAAGGUACUUGAUCAGUGGUCCCAGCGGUCGGGAUGGUUUAUCCACCAAUCAACAGCCAGGAAUAACAGCGACUUCAAGGGUUCCCCGUCUUCAAAAAUCACCCCACUGUGGGAUACCCCUCAUUCCUGCUGCCCAGCAUUUACAUUGACGAGAUGCUGUCCAGGCAGUAGUUCUCAUGUAUAUUACCCUUGUGGUCUUCCUCCUUUAGAAUAUUUUCUUCCCUCAUUUGGAUACCGUGUGUGUCUCGCUUUACUUAUUUUUCAUUUUGUGAUUUUACAGCCAGACUCAAGAAUUCAGCAUCAUGGCAGAGAUCACCAUCACCGGCUGGACCACACGAGAUGUGCGCUUUCCAACCUCCCUUGACAAGACUGGCUCAGAUGCCAUGAAUGCAGCUGGCGACUACUCUGCCGCGUACUGCAUUCUCCAAACGGACUCGAAGCAUAACGGCCAUGGAAUGACAUUCACAAUUGGUCGCGGAAACGACAUCGUCUGUGCGGCAAUAGAACACGUCGCCGAGCGCAUUAAGGGGAGGACCUUGUCGUCCCUGACCGCCAACUGGGGAAAGACAUGGCGCCACCUCGUCAACGACAGCCAGUUGCGCUGGAUCGGUCCGGAGAAGGGCGUCAUCCACCUCGCCCUCGGCGCCGUCGUCAACGCCAUCUGGGACCUCUGGGCCAAAGUGCUCGGCAAGCCCGUGUGGCGGAUCGUCGCCGAGAUGACCCCGGAGCAGUUUGUCGACUGCAUCGACUUCCGCUACAUCACCGACGCGAUCACGCCCGAGGAAGCGGUCGCCAUGCUCAAGGAGUCGGAGGGGGGCAAGGCACAGCGCAUCCGUGAUGCGGAGAACAGCCGGGCCGUGCCGGCGUACACGACCAGCGCAGGCUGGCUUGGCUAUGGCGAGGAUAAGAUGAAGGCGCUGCUGCAGGAGACCCUCAGCAAGGGGUACAAGCACUUCAAGCUCAAGGUCGGGAGCAGUGUCGAGCAGGACCGGCGGAGGCUGACGAUUGCGAGAGAUGUCAUCGGCUAUGACAAUGGGAAUGUCCUCAUGGUGGAUGCUAACCAGGUCUGGUCGGUCCCCGAGGCGAUUGAGUACAUGAAGAAGCUGGCCGACUUCAAGCCCUGGUUCAUCGAGGAGCCCACCUCGCCUGACGACAUUCUUGGCCACAAGGCGGUUCGCGACGCCCUCCAGCCCUACGGCAUCGGCGUCGCUACCGGCGAGAUGUGCCAGAACCGGGUUAUUUUCAAGCAGCUUCUCAUGGCCGGCGCCAUCGACGUCUGCCAGAUCGACGCCUGCCGCAUGGGGGGCGUCAACGAAGUGUUGGCCGUGCUCCUGAUGGCGAAGAAGUACAACAUCCCCAUCGUGCCGCACUCGGGCGGUGUUGGGCUGCCCGAGUACACCCAGCACCUCAGCACGAUCGACUACGUCGUCGUCAGCGGGAAGCUGUCCGUCCUCGAGUAUGUCGACCACCUGCACGAGCACUUCCUGCACCCGUCAGUCAUCAAGGACGGCUACUACCAGACGCCUACCGAACCCGGCUACAGCGUGGAGAUGAAGGCGGACAGCAUGGAGAAGUUCAGCUUCCCCGGCAGCGAAGGGGGUUGGUGGAAAAGCGAAGAGGCCAAGCCGAUUCUUGAAGGCGUCAAGAUUUGAGCCUGGCGUCGCCGAGUUUGGAGACUGUCGCCGCAAAAUAAAAUGGCAGGUGAAGUCCAUCAUUUUGGACCUCAACGGGGCGAUAAUGGCGUCCUAGUUGUUUGAAUAAUGGUACUUAGAUCUGAAGAGGCAUCAGGGGGUCCGAUCCGGCGUUGGUCGGUCCGCAGGGCAACGAUGGC